CCCACCCCGAAACCCAAAUCCCCUAAUCUGAUCCGCAGUGACCCACUCCUACCCUCAAGCCUCAACGCCUCUCCUCUGGGUCUCUUUCUCGCCACUCGCUCCCUCAAGCUCUCUCACGCCACUCUCGUCUCCGGUGUGUCACUUCUCUCUCGGUCUGGCACUCACCGUUUUGGAAUCAAGCUCGUCGCGCUCUGUGUCCUCACCGUCUCAAGCUCAGUCACCGCCUUCCUGGGCUCGCUUCGCGGGCGGCAGAACCACACGGAACCCAGUCGCGCGCCUUCGCGUACGCUCGUCGUCGCCGGAAGCAGAGGCAGCAGGUCCCAGUGGGCUGGUCUUGUUCGUCUUCUUGCUUGGAGCCUCGCCGUCAGCUUCCUUGGCGCAACCCGAUUUGUGCUUUAAAUUUGGAUGACAUUUUUAUUAGAGGAACAAUCCACACAUACAGAGUAAAAUCAUGACAGAGCCAUCAGAAUCGUUCAAGCCAUAUACUCUGUCACAAACCCUAACCGGUCACAAGCGCGCCAUCUCUGCCGUCAAGUUCUCCUCCAAUGGCCGUCUCCUGGCAUCGUCGUCGGCGGACAAGACCCUCCGCACUUACGCCUUCACCAACUCAGACUCUGAUUCUGGCAGCCGCACUUUGUCGCCGAUGCAGGAGUACGAGGGCCAUGAGCAGGGCGUCUCCGAUCUGGCCUUCUCCUCAGACUCUCGAUUCUUGGUCUCCGCCUCCGACGACAAGACCCUCCGCCUCUGGGAUGUACCCACCGGCUCCCUCAUCAAAACCCUCCAUGGCCACACCAACUACGUCUUCUGUGUUAACUUCAACCCCCAAUCAAACAUCAUUGUUUCUGGUUCCUUCGAUGAGACCGUUAGGGUUUGGGAUGUUAAGUCUGGUAAGUGUCUUAAGGUCCUUCCAGCACAUUCUGACCCUGUCACUGCCGUGGAUUUCAACCGCGACGGUUCUCUUAUUGUUUCUAGUAGCUACGAUGGGCUCUGUAGGAUUUGGGAUGCUUCCACUGGCCACUGUAUGAAGACUCUCAUUGACGAUGAGAACCCUCCUGUUUCCUUUGUCAAGUUCUCGCCUAAUGGCAAGUUCAUCCUCGUUGGCACUUUGGACAACACUCUGAUAUUAAGUACUUAUGUUUAACUAGUGACUGGCAAGUUUCUGAAGUCAUACACUGGUCAUGUUAACUCAAAAUAUUGCCUUUCAUCCACAUUUUCUAUAACAAAUGGGAAGUAUGUUGUUGGUGGUUCAGAAGAUAAUUGUAUAUACUUGUGGGAACUGCAGACAAGGAAAAUAGUGCAGAAAUUGGAAGGCCAUUCUGAUACUGUUGUAUCUGUCUCGUGUCACCCGAUGGAGAACAUGAUCGCUUCCGGUGCUCUUGGCAAUGACAAAACUGUGAAGAUCUGGACCCAACAGAAAGACUAAUCUUGUGAUGAGGACUUCGGGCUAAUCGUUCAAUGGAUUAGUGAAAGUUGGGUUUAGGAGAAAGUGACUUGUGAUGAAACCCUUAGAUCAUGUUGUAGUUGAGGAACUUGGUCAUUUUUGCAGUUGAGUUCACUACUGUAUUAAAGAAUGAUUUCAUUUCAAGUUUCAAUCAUCUUAUUGUCGGGGAAGUCACUCUUUAAUUUAAGGAUUAUUUGGAUGGUAAGUGCAUGUAGUUUGGGUGUAUCUGUAAUUUUCUUGUUUGGUAAAUAUGGAAGUUGGGUCUUAAGAUAAGGUUCAGAUGUAGAUAGGCAAAACCCCUAUAUCUACCCUAAUGGAUUAAUCCCACGGCAUUAACCACUAUUAAAGUUCUUGCAA